AUAAAGAGCAGUGAGCUGGACUUCCCCUCAUUGUCACCUUCAUCCUCCUGGAUAGCAGAAAGGGAGAAACUGGAGUAGUCUUGUGGAAUCUAUUGCAAACUCUGUGGACACUCUUCCAACCCGUGAGCCACUAAUUUCUCAAUACCAUUGUCCACAAUGUCUAUGUUGAAGGCAAUCAAUAUGGUACCUCCUGGCUGUGAUGCUCAUGUCACAGUCUGCUCAGGCAAUGAUUGCCUCGUUCCUCCGAGUAACUUCAAUGCAAUACUGAGUCAAGUGUUGUCUGUCGUGCUCACUGUGAUGCUUGCUAUGGUCAUGUUCUCCAUGGGUUGCAAUGUGGACGCCUAUAAGCUGUGGGGUCACAUCAAGAGACCCUGGGGCAUUGUCAUUGGUUUCCUCUGUCAGUUUGGCAUUAUGCCCUUCACAGCAUUUGCCUUGUCACUUGCCUUUGGAGUGUUGCCUGUGCAGGCUGUCGUCAUCAUCAUUAUGGGCUGCUGUCCUGGAGGCACUGGUUCUAACAUUAUCUGCUACUGGCUCGAUGGAGACAUGGACCUCAGUAUCAGUAUGACAGCCUGUUCCUCUAUCCUGGCCUUGGGGAUGAUGCCUCUGUGCCUGCUCAUUUACACCACUACCUGGACUUCCAGUGACACCAUCCAGAUUCCUUAUGACAGUAUUGGUAUCACACUAGCGGCUCUUCUCAUCCCAAUUGCUUUUGGAAUGUUAGUGAAGCGCAGGUGGCCCAUCUACGCAAAAAAAAUCCUCAAGGUGGGCUCCAUCGUUGGCUUUCUUCUCAUUAUCGCCAUAGCUGUGGUUGGAGGAGUCCUCUACCAGUCCUCCUGGAACAUCGCUCCCUCCUUAUGGAUAAUUGGUACCAUCUACCCCUUUAUUGGGUUUAGCCUGGGGUUUAUCAUGGCCCGCUUUGUGGGACAACCCUGGUAUAGAUGUCGAACCAUUGCACUGGAGACAGGCUUCCAGAACUCCCAGCUAUGCAGUACCAUUGUCCAGCUCUCCUUCAGCCCAGAAGAGCUGGAAGUCAUGUUUGCAUUCCCCCUCAUCUACAGCAUCUUCCAGCUAGUCAUGGCUGUCCUGUCUGUGGGAGGCUACCAGGCAUACAAACGGUGCUUCGGCAUCGAAUCAGCGGAUGGAGCUCGUGAGGCUGCAUCUUUGGAAGAUGAUGACAUUGACCCAGAAAAGCAAAAGGAAUCUGCUCUGGAAAAUGACGCUUUUGAGUUCAAUGAAAAUGACAAUAGCAAUGUGAAGGACACUGACAAGAACACCAAGCUGUGAGAUUACAACACUGCAAAUAGACUUUGGACUUUCUAAAUGAGCAUCAGUGACCACAGCAAUACUGAAGACAGCAGCCUGACCAAACCGUGAACACACACUGCACUCUGUAGGCUGCAGCUGUGCCAUACAGGUGCUGGUAUACACUCAUCACUGGAAAAGGUUUUCCAAAAG